GGACCUUGAUACAAAAGCUUAGGGGACCGAAAGUCAACAAAUCGGAUACGAAUUUCCAGUAACACUACGAAAUGGAUCCGAAAUCUUUUCAAACUAUGCGUGCGAGUGGUACUCUGUGCGACUGCACGAUACAAAUUGGCGAUGAGCAGUCGGAGGUGCACGGUGUAGUGAUGGCGUCACGUUCCGACUACUUUCGAGGUUUGUUAGAGUCGGGGAUGAAAGACGCCAAUCUAGUCGAUCUAUCCAACAUGCCAGCAAACCACGACACCAUCAACUUGAUCGUCGACUUCUGCUACGGCAUGCGAGGUCAAGACAGACUCGAUGAGUCGAACAUUGCUCACGUGCUCUGCUCUGCCCUCUAUCUCCAAAUGUCCGGACAAAACAACCUGACAGGGAUCUGUCGAGACAAACUGAGAAAGCUAACCGAACAAAACCUAACGAGCUGCCUAACCAUUUUAGACAACUGUACUGACAUCGGAGUUGUUGCAGAGAGAGAGGGCGUGAUGGAGAAAUGCGUGGAAGCGGCAGUGCGUCACUUCCAAUCGUAUGAAGAAGACGAAAAUGGGCCUUUCGAUGACUUUUGUAAGUCUGUAGGGUUAGAAAACCUUCCUAUUCGCUGGAUGGAGCAAAUUCUAGAAAAAAUGCAGCAAAGUGAAUGUGAUUUAGCGAUGAUCACGUCUGUGUCUACCGUUUACGUUACUUCUAUUAUCAGCUGCUACUACGAGGGAAGUCAGAUGGAAGGAAACUCUCCAUAUUCUCUUGACACUAAUCGCCCAUCAGCAGCAAGCCCGACAACUCUGCUCGAAGCAUUUGAAACGAUCAUGAGUUAUGUUCCUGACGAAGCCACGACAUUAUGCUCCCGUGCUGUAGUCCCAACUUGGUUUGCUAGAUCUUUAGAGUUCGCAACCAAACAUUCUCUGGCAUCUGCUAGUCGUAUAUUCUCUAUGUGUGCAAGCAUAUAUCAGAAACUGGCAGAGAGUAACGAUGAGGACACUGUUGUUUACAAGUUGAAACCAAAUAUUAUAAUAGAACUGAACAGAGUGACUCAAGCCAAUCACGGCCAUUUUGCUGAUUGUGUAAAGAAAUUGACCGACCGCUACCUUCUAGUACAAGUUCGGCACCGAUCUCUAACUCCGUCUGAUUUUGUACAAGUUCUGCAAUCCACUGAUUGGUGCAGCAGAGAGUCGUUUGACGCUCCUUUUGUGGCUCUAAACGAAAUGCUAGAAAUUCCCGAAGAUGUCAUGCAGAUAGAUAAAGAUGAGAUUGCAAACAUGGUUGCAAACAUUGAUUUUACAAAGUUAAGUCAAGAUGAGCUAGAGAGAGCAGCAGCAAACAGCAAAAUUCCGAGAGAAGUCAUCAUGAUGGCUGCAGUCAAUGUUUGCUCGACGUUACGUUCUGAGAUCGCCAUCACAUCUCAAGCACUUAACGACGAAAAAAUAGAAGCAACAAUUUUAAAAUCAGCUUCAGAUACUGCAAAUCAAAGUAUCAAACUACUAAGGAAGCAGAAUGAAACAUUACAGACCCAACUUCAAAUAGAAGAAGAUGUAAUGGAGUGGAUCAAGAAGAUCGUUGGCAAUUGGACUCAAAGCACUAGCAUGGUCGAGCGUACGUGUCAUUAUCAAAGUCUUAGUCCUCCUAAACCCGACAUAAACAUUACAGCUACUUGUCAUUCACAAGACCGUGGCAAUCAUUUCCAACUGAGUAUUCAAAACCUUUCACACUACCCUGUACAGGUGACGAUGCCACAAGCACGGUUUCGGUCAACUAGUGUUUCUUACAACAGUCAGAUAGACAAAGUCUACUGUGUCCGUUUGCGGGGACAUUCAGAAUGGCCUUUUAUUCUAGUCAAUGCGAGGACAAACGAACUGUGGACUCCAAACUCUAGUCAUUCAACACCAUUCCAUGUUUGGAAACGUAUAUAUGCAAACAAAAAGUAGCAAAUCUGUUAGGUGUACCACGUGACAAUUAGCACAUUGCUGUAUACACUUUUAGCUACAGUAUAUAGUUUGCUACUUGUUUUUUGAUAAAAAUUGCUUAAGAGUGGAGA